AUGGACUCUUUCUUCGACUUCGAUACUACGUUGCCCCCCUUAAAUUCGGAGAAGUUCGCUGGCACGGGUGGUAAUCACACUUCGGGGGAGAACUUUGAGGUCUUUGAUUAUGAGCAGAAUUUUGAUCUAGCAAAUCAGCUGGAAGAAUCGGGGGACGACAUGAACGAUGAGACGUUCGGAGUCACCGUUGACAUGGGAGAAGAAUUUGACUUCAUAGAAAGCACCACGAAAAUAGCAGACACAAUACAACGGGAAGAAGAAAUUUAUGUCGGCCGAAGGGAAAGUUCCACGUCAGAUAACGGUUUCGGUCCGUCACCUCCUACCGCUCGUACACCAAUGUCGCUCGAACAGAUUGAGGCGCAAUUACACAGGCAGGCCGGAAUAUCCGAAAAAAGAAUGCUAGCUCUGUUGGGCAUCAAUGAACGACCGCCACAUCCCUUGUAUCCUACGACAGAUGCGUCCCGAUACAAUGGGCUCAUGACACAAAGCGAUAAAGAUUACAUCAAUCGCAUCCAAAUUUCACAACUUGUAACGGAUGACCCAUACGCUGACGAUUUUUAUUACCAAGUGUACACGGCAAUUCGAACACGUCAGCAACAACCCCAGAUGUCAGCCUUUUCACCGCAAGCCGGCGGAACCGGUUUCAUGGGACACGAGAGAGGUCGUCACCGAAGUAGAGGGUCGGAGAGUGGUUUAUUAAAAAUGCAGCAACAAGUAUUGAGAAUAGUAAACGACGCAAGGAGAAAACCGAAGAUGACACAACUGUCACUCGAGGGUGCACUGGGAAAGAUAGCCCUUAAUUCGGUUCGCAACCCCAGACAGAUUUUACAAGUCUCUUCCAAAAACACGGACGCUCAUAAUCACGCGGGGCCGAGCAAUAAUGGCAGCGUUCACCAGCAUCAUAAGACUCCAUCAAUUUCAUCAUACGGAAUUACGGAUCAUCGAAAGGUGUUUCGGUCUAUUGAGAAUAUUUAUACUGCUGUACUCACCUUGGAAGAGUUGAAGCGAAGUCAACCUCAAAGAAUAUACACAGAUUACGAAAGAGAAGCUUAUGAAAAAUGGAAGGAAGAAUACGCUGAGGUUGCAAGGACAAUGUGGAAAGAACUUCGAGUGACCGAAAUGAUCGGUGUCGGGUAA